GUAGCUCCUUCUACUUCUGUCUGUGAUAAAAAUACCGUCACGAAUUCAACAAAGUUCAGAUAGAUUCAGAUCUUGUCUGCCUGCUCCGUGUGAAGCAUGGUCGAUUUUUUCACACGAAUUACUCAUUUCGUAAAUGUGAAUAUUGUGAUUCGCUCUUAGUGUUUCGGAAUUUCAAAUUGAUCACUACCGUUUGUGCAUUUGUUCAAUUUAUGUGGUUCAUUUCCUCUUAUCAAGAUUGUGGGUUUCUCGUGUGCAUGUUGUCAUGUGCCAUGGAAGUGUCCUGUACUGGACCGAAACUCAUGUGUUUUAUAUUAAGCGUGUGUCUGUGAUCAUCUCUCAAUCGUACUGUUUUUAGUUUUUUCAUUUGUUAGUGCAUGUUAACUCCUCCCAAUCCAAUGGAGAGUAAACAGAAGAGGUUGUACAAAAUCGUGCUCACUGGAGGUCCUUGCGGAGGCAAAACAACAGGCCAAUCCAGGUUGUGCACAUUCUUUGAAAAUUUAGGAUGGAAGGUUUUCCGAGUCCCUGAGACUGCCACCGUUCUCCUUAGCGGAGGCAUCAAAUUCACAGAUUUGUCGGUUGAAGCAGAUGGAUCCGAAGCAAAACAUUGUUGUGCUAAGUGUAUGGUCUCAUCGACUCUGUGUUGCAACUUCAGUGCGAAGGCAUACAAGUUUCAAGAAAAUUUGCUGAGAUGUAUGGUACAAAUAGAAAACACAUUUUUCGAAUUGGGCGAAUCUUGUCCGAGGGACUGUUUAAUCAUUUGCGACCGUGGCACCAUGGAUGCUUCUGCAUUUGUAUCAAAGGAACAAUGGGAACAAAUGCUCUUGUCUAAUAGCUGGAAUCCAGUAGAAUUAAGAGAUAAUCGAUAUAAUCAAAUUAUUCACAUGGUGUCUGCAGCUAAUGGAGCAGAAGAUUUUUAUUCAACAGAGGAUCAUGCUUGUCGCAGUGAGGGUGUUGAUAUCGCUCGGCAAUUAGAUCAUAGCGCAGCUUCAGCAUGGGUUGGUCAUCCGUACUUUGAUGUCAUCGACAAUUCCACGGACUUUGAAAACAAAAUCUGUAGAAUGAUAGCUAGUGUUUGUCAAAAACUGGGUAUUGAUACUGGUGACCGCUUACUGGUUAAUGCACGGAAACGCAAAUUUUUAGUCAAAGGACCACUUCCAGAUGACGCUUGCUUUCCUCAAUUUCAAGAUUUUGAUGUUGAGCAUUAUUAUCUCCAGACAAAUAAUAUCCAACAAGCUCGUUUAAGAAAACGAGGGCAAAAAGGUCACUGGACUUACACGCAUACAAUACGAAGGCCAAAAGUUCAUGGCCAGGUUGUAGAAGUCAAAACUCAAUUGACACAUCGUGAUUAUAUUAACAUGUUAGCGCAAAGAGAUGAUUCUCACUUUACAAUUUACAAAAAACGGAGGUGCUUUAUUCAUAAUAACCAGUAUUUUCAACUCGAUAUUUAUCGGGAACCGUGCCAUUCCAGAUGUUGUGGUUUAAUCCUAUUGGAAACUUAUUCAGCUCUAGAACAUGAUCAGCUUUUAGAACGAUUACCCAAAUUUUUAACAAUAGUGGAAGAAGUCACCGGAAAUCCUGCAUAUUCGAUGUUCAAUCUAUCCCUGCGUGAAGAUUGGACCAAUUCAACGAAAUUUUGCAAAGCAUUUCAAGGCAAAAAUUCCGUUGAUGUUCUACAUUAGUUAAGCAAAUGUAGUAAGGUUUACCUCUUUAAAGUACUAUCCUUACAUCUGAACAAUCCGUAGAGAAUAAAGCGGCCUCAGAAGCGAAUCGCAUCACAGUCAAUGGAAAUGGAGGAAGCAGUUAUAAGAAUUGAAAUGGAAUCACAAGUUGAUGUUUUUAUAUUAUAUUCUCCAAUUUCCACACUAUUUAUUGAUCUUCACUAUUUUUAAAUGAAAAUCGUACCUACCAAUACAUCUUGAAAAAAAUUAAUUGUAUUAUCGUUUUCGAUGAAUUGAAACAUUGUUACCAAUCAGUCAAGUAAUCAUUUUGUUGUUGUAGUAUAUUUAUUGAUUCUUGUAAUCUUAAAUAUCUCUAAUUUUUUUGUUAACUUUUUCUAAAUCAGUAUAAUUUGUUCUAAUUUAUUAGCUGUUGAGCAAAAAUUUCAUUUCAGAACUUUUCAAAUAUUUCUUUAUAAGAGUGAAUUUCUUGGAUUUUAUUUUUCCUGAAUUUUUUUUUGAAAUGCAAGCAAGCUUUGUGUCUAAUGCAGGUCACAAUGAAUCAAAUCAAUUCAUAGCUCAUUCUUAGAGGUGGACCAGAUAUUCGAAUUUGUAUCCUUCUGCAAUGCAUGAGGCACCUUGAGUGUCUUAAGUCUAAAAAUGAGAUGAUUUAUUGUUUAUCUUGUUUGUAGUCUUAGCACUCUUAUCGGGGAAAGUACACCAUCCUCAAAAACUAGAUCCACCAUCAAUUCAAUAUGUAUUGACAGCUGAAUUGGUCCCUUCCUGCUGAAUUCGUCCAUUUGUUGAUUAAUUUUUUCUGUGUAAAUCUUAAUUUGCCAUGUAUUUUAAGUAGGCAAGUAUGGACUAUUUUUUUACUCUUGAGAUCAUAUUGUGUAACUUUUUGUUUGUAGAAGUGCUUUUGCUUCAAUUGAAUCAAAAUAUGAACAAUGACAGAAUCACUAUUUAGCCUCACCAAUUAUUUAUUUAUUUUUUUUUUCCAUAAAUAUUUUUUUAUAUGUUCCUAUACAAUUAUCUACGAACAUUUGCAUGAACUUUUUUUUAAACUCUGAACAUCCUUAAUUGAAUUGAAUCAACAUGUUGCUGCUAUAUUAGAGUUGAGUCGGUGGUAAACAGUCCGCACCUGUGAUGUGAAUCUUUCUCUUCUAUUUUAAGUUUUAAUCAUACAACUUUUUUCUUUUUCCUCUUUAUAGAGACCUCAGUUGUGCUCUGGGGUCAGAUUUUUGUCUAACUUGUUUUCAUCUGGAGAUUAGUGUCUCUCUAUUUAUCUACAAGAAAGGAUUGGAAUGAAGCUAGUCAAAAACGUUGGACAAUAUUAAAGGAAUAACAACAUAAUAUGUACCUCCCAAGGAUUAUUGAGUUUGGUGAAAGAAAUUUGAGACCCGAUUGAUUAUUUACUCCAAAAUUUUCCUAUUUUAUUAAUAUUAGAAUCUCUUUUUCAUGGAAAAACAGGCUUGUGCCAUUGAGUAGUCAUUAAAAGUGUCGCAAUUUUCAUCAGAAAAUUAAUGGAGCUUUCAAGUUACUAAAAUUAAUUUUGGAGGGAGGUUUUUUGCUUACUCCUCUAAUUUUUGUUGAAGUUUUGUUUUUCUUCAUCCUCUCUUUAAUGGAUCUGGUAUUGAUGUUUCAAGUUUUGCUCUAGAUCCCAUGAUGCUGUGGGAAGUAAAAUGAUAGUACAAUGGGCAAUGUAAAAUUGUAAUGUGAUCCUGGUUCCUGAGUUCGUCUACUCUUUCCCUAAAUUUAUUGAAAUAAAUUUACCAAACUCCAGCUUAUUUUUGUGAGGAAUAGUUAUUUUUAUGGAUGUAACUUCUUCUGGGAAACUCUUUAGUUUCACUAUCUUUGUUGAAAAUAUUUUUUACACAAAGUUAUUGACUAUGAGGCAUCUCUUCAAUAAUUGUAUAAAUUGUAGUUAUACAAACUAGCGUCUUGCCCCUUACUUUGUUAGAGGAACUAUCUGAUUCAUUUGAAUAUUCCUGAUCAAAUGCAAAAAUAUUCCUCUACUCAGAAAUCCCAAUUUUGAUAGGAGCAUCCUCUUUCUCAACUUCGCUCAGUUGUUUUUAUCUCCUCCUUUGCAAGGAUUUUUUUUUAUGUCCUAGAAGUAACUUGUGUUCUUUCUGUCAGCUCAAGUCUUCUUUUCUCUCAUAUCAAACACUUGUUGAAUUUAAAAAAUGCAUUUAAUUCUGUUAAAGUACAAAAAGCCGAAAGUAAUUUCCUAUUACACUUGAUGAAGCUACCGUGUUGCGGGGGGUUUUUAUCGGUAAAUUUUUGUUUUUUGAUGUUCAGUGUCAUUGGAAGUGCUCCAGAGCAAUUUCCUCCCUUCGUUUCUCGUAGCUUGCAGGGUUUGUAUCUCUAUCAAAGGAAAUUUAUAUCCUCUCGAGGCCCAAAAGUGUUUCCCACAUUAAAUUACUUUUCGUGCAGGUACUUGAACAUAUUUAGCUCUGUCCAGUCUUUUUUUCACAUGAAAGUGCUCAAAUGCGAAGGAAUGAAAAAUAUAUAUUUGGAGGUACUUAAAAUUUCUGUAAAGGAAUUCUUAACCCCUGGAGAGAACUUGUGAUCAAAUUAAUAAAGCAUUUGCCUAGUCCUCAUGGUCAAGUCAUGCAGAUGCGGAACUUGAUUAACUGUGCUAAAACUUGCUGUCUACUGCUUAGCGUGUUGAAGUGGACUUGUGAUGAGAUAGUUGACAGUUUUUGAAAAUUAUUGAUACUAAUAAUGAUUAGGGUUCUUUAAAGCGUACUUGAAGAAAGAAGGAAGAAACUCUCCCUAUGCUUACUGUUAAUUUUUAUGAUGGACAAAAAUAUGACUUUAAAAUACUUACACACAUUUUUUGUUCUAUUUUUUGUUCCACUUCAAGCCUGCAUGAAUUGUGUAACUCUUUAAACCUGCAUAAUUUAAAUACAUUUUUUGUAGGCCUCCUAAGUUGACAAUCAUCACUGCAGUCUACUGUUGAUAGAUUCAUUUUCAACUGGAGCAUUUCCUUUAUUUGUGAAAAAACUGAAAUGAAAACCUUAAUUCACUGCACUGUCAAUGAUUGUUUCUUCCUGCCAUACCCUUAGUAAAAAACCUAUUGAUUCUCCCAGGCAAUUUUUCCCCUAACUUCAUGAAUGUAUUUUAAAAAAUAUCCCGAAUUAAUGCUGGUGGACACUAUUGUAACAAUUUGAGUCAUUCUUUUGGAAGAAAUAUUCUCUGGGUAGAGUCACCCAAGAUAUAUUUGUUGCUUUUGAUCAACAUAUUUGUACUAUCCAAAUAAAAUUUUCUUCAAGAUCCUGUAAAAAGUC